AUGGGUUCGUUUCAUGACAAUCAUUAUUCUAUUGCCAAAGAUACUGAUGAAUACAAAGAAAAUGUAACUAUACUUUGGUGUGACUUCAAUAUAAACGGUUAUAUAGAUAUUGAACAGAUAAAAAAUCUUCUACAACGAAUUACCACUUCUCUUAUCUUUCAUACUGAACUCGAACAAUGUCUUAAUUUUAUUCAAUCUAUUGAUAAAGAAAAUAUAUUCUUGGUUAUUUCUGGUCUUACUACUAUUGAAUUCUUACCUCAAAUUAGUAAAUUUCAUCAAAUCAAAGCUAUCUUUAUUCUUUGUACCGAUACAACGAAAUAUGAACAUUUAAAAAUUACAAAUUCAAAAAUAAUUGAUAUUUAUACAAAGUUAGAUUUCUUAUGUGCAUCAAUUCAUAAAGAAAUUAAUUCUACUGAUAAUCAAUUAUUAACAUUUAACAUUUUCAAUCAAAAUCAAACAUCAAAAGAAUCAGCUCAAUUUAUUUGGUCUCAACUUUUCACGCAAAUUAUUCUACAAUCAUCUAGUGAUUAUCAUGUAACUAAACAGCAGAUGAUUGAUAUGUAUCGACAAUAUUAUCAGGAUAAUUUAAAAAAACAAAAAUUGAUUAAUCAAUUCGAACAAGAAUAUCAAUCAGAACAAGCUAUUCGUUGGUAUUUAAAUAAAUCAUUUAUUUUUAAAUAUAUAACUAAAGCAUUAAAAAAUCAAGAUAUUGAUCUAUUGUAUAUAUUUCGUUUCUUUAUCGACGAUUUAACAAAAAAUCUUGCAGAUAAACAUCAGAAGAUUUUGUUAUCAAAUGAAAAAAUUCUUAUUGUUUAUCAUGGGACUAAACUAACGAAAAACCAAUUAAAGAAAUUUAGAAAAAACCAAAAUGCACUUAUAUCUAUGAAUGAAUAUUUGAUCGCUAAUCGACUCUAUUCAUUGGCACUUUCUGCAGCUAUGAAACCGACAAAACGAACAAAUGUUGUACCUGUUCUUUUUGAAAUUGAAUGUAAUAUUCAAGAACAUGGUCAUACUACUAGUUUUGCUGAUAUUGCACAAUAUAGUGAUUAUCCUCAUGAAGAAGAAGUAUUAUUUGAUAUAAAUAUUACAUUUCGAUUAAAAAGUAUUCAACAGCAUUCACAUGUAUGGCUGAUAAAAUUGAAUGUAUCCAAUGAUGGACAAGAAAUUCUCAAAGAUUAUCUUAAGAAAAAAUAUAAUGAAUCCGAAGAAAAAAGUAUCCGUAUUAUUUUUGGAAGAUUGAUGUGUAGUUUAGGUCAAUAUAAUAAAGCACAAAAGUACUUCGAACGAUUGUUAUCCGAUGUGAAUGGAGAAGAAAUCGCUUGGAUAGAAUUCAAUCUUGGUCGAACUUUUGAUUUUAAAAAUGAAUGGAAGAUUGCACAGGAAUAUUAUAAUCGUGCAUAUGAACGAAUGAUAGAUACGAAACCAAUACGUUGGCAAGAAGCAGCUUACAUGCUUAAUAAACUGGGUACUAUCUCAUAUGAAUAUGGACACAAUAUUAAAGCUCUUGAGUAUUAUCAACGUGUAUUAAAAAUCAAACAAAAUUUUAAUUAUUCUGAUCAUAUUGAUAAUGUUCGAAUUCUUAAUAAUAUUGCUUUUAUUUUAAAUACACAAGGACAUUUUACUGAAGCUUUUAAUUAUUAUGAACAUGCAUUAAGAAUCUUGAAAACGUUUUAUACUUCUGAUCGUAUUGAUAUUGCACGAAAUUUAAAUAAUAUUGGUAAUAUUUUUUAUCAAAUAGGUAAAUAUGAUAAUGCUGCUGAUCAUUAUCAAGAAUCAUUAAAAAUACAACAGAGUUUGUACCCAAAUAAUCUUAUCGAUAUUGCUUGUAUCUUGAAUAGUAUUGGUCUUAUUCUAAAUAUUCAAGGAAAAUAUAAUGAUGCUCUUGAUUUCUGUCAACAUGCAUUAGAAAUACAACAAAAUUUAUAUCCUCCUGAUCAUAUUGAUCUUGCUGGUACUCUCAAUAAUAUUGGAGUUAUAUUGUACAAUCGUGGAAAAUAUAAUCAAGCACUUUAUUAUUAUCAACGAUCAUUUGAAAUACGUAAAAAAUAUUAUACAUUUGAUCAUAUUGAUAUUGCUCGAAGUCUUAAUAAUAUUGGUAAUAUUUUAUAUCAACAAAAUAAAUACGAUGAAACCUUAAAUUAUUAUCUACAAGCAUUAACAAUACAAGAAAAUUUUUAUUUAUCAGAUCAUGUCGAUAUUGCUUUGAAUCUUAAUAAUAUCGGAUGUGUUCUUGAUCGACUAGGAAAAUAUGAUGAAGCUAUUUAUUAUUAUCAAAAUGCACUUAAAAUACAAAAAAAAUUAUAUAUUUCUGAUCAUCCUGAUAUUGCAUAUACUCUGGAUCAUAUCGGUACUAUUCUAUAUCAAGAAGAAAAGUACAAAGAAGCUCUUGAAUAUUAUCAACAAGGACUUAAAAUCCGUGAAAAAAUGUAUCCAUUUGGUCAUGUCGAUAUUGGUGAUAGUUUAAAUAAUAUUGGAAUGAUCUAUCAAUGUAUACACAAAUCAGAUAUAUCUCUUAAUUAUUUUCAGCAAUCUUUGAUUUUGUACGAAAAAUUUUUACCAUCCAAACAUCCAAAUAUAGAAAUAGUUCGAAGAAAUAUUAAUCGUAUUACUAUGAAAAAAAAUAUUGAAUAUUUUUAG